AUGGAGGGCCUCACUGGUGGGCUACGUGGUUCGUUGGACGGGUCCGACGGACUGACUGGGGGCUAUGCUCCUGGAUUUGGGGAGAUUCCGCUCCCUGACUUUUCGAGGAGAAGAAGAACGAGAGGGGUGACUUUUGGCAGUGAACCUGGUAGAUCGUCGUCUUCCGGGGCAUCUCUGGACAGCCAGGUGGACUCUGUGGAGUUGAGCUCGGGCAGUGCUGUCGAGGAGAUGCCUCGUGGAGAGGUUAGAGGUCUCCGGGAUAGAGCUGUCACCCCCGGAAACCUGACAGGUAAUGAAAUGAGCCCAAUGGAUGCAGAUCCAUUCGCAAACGAUCCCUGGAGGAGCCAUGUGGUGCAGAACUAUGUGGCGGAGAAUUGGUCUGAAGCAACUUCAGUGUCACAGAGUGACGGGCAAGAGUCCGACAGUGCUUGGGGAAGUUGGCAUGGAAGUGCGAGGACUGAGUCGCUACAUGGUGGACUUCGAGACAACCCUGCAGUCCUUGACGGAGAUGUUGCAGGUGGGAAAGACCCUAUGAAUAGACCUCUUGGAGAAGUUCCAAGUGGUGUGCCUUCAGUGGCUGGAAAUCAGAGCCAGCAAGCCGCGGCUGGGGGAGGAAAGAUCAGUUCAACCUACCCACCGAUCUUCUAUGCCAGGCCUGGCGAGAGCUGGGAGUUGUAUUGGAGGUCGGUGACCUUUUGGAUUGCUUCAGAGGGUCGAUCACUUCCUGAGGAGAUGAGAGGACCAAGACUGAUGCAACAGUUGAGAGAGCGGGCAGCCAAUAUUGUCCAGCACCUGUCGGUGGAGCAGGUGGCGGCUUCGAAUGGAGUGGAGCUCAUUCGGCAGACGAUGGAGAAAUCACCCAUCAUCAAGUUGCUGGACCAGAAGCGAGUGGAUCAACGAAGGAAGAAGUUCAUGCGGCUCUCUCGGCUUCCUCAAGAGUCAAUAGAGUCCUUCAUCAACAGAGCUGAGAUCUACCGGAGGGAGAACCAGUCUUCUCCGGCAUACCAGGUGGGAUCUCAGUUCUAUGUGGGGCAUCUUUUGGAUGCUGCAAAACUCACGAAGCGUGACCACGCCUUGGUGAAGGCGGCUUGUGGCGGCACUGUGGAAGAUGAGGACUUGGUCACGAAUGCCCUGAUUGACCUGGCGGACCAGUUGGAGGGACUGCCAGGGUGUGCCAUAGGCAAAGGCGAACCUACCAUGGACCAGGAAGAUAAAUACUUGGUCCAAAAGGGUGGGGUGGCUUUGUCAUCUACUAUGUCAUCGAGUUCCUCUACGGCAAGUUCAGCUCCCUCUGGAGGCAAGAGACGCAAGAAGUUUUUUGGGCGUCGCCGUUUUCGAGAUGCUCUGAUGGCCAUUUUGGAAGAUGAUGACAUGGGAGAGGACGACAUAGCCGAGGAGGACCCUAUGGGAGAACCUCUUGGUGAGGAAUCAAUGGAUGAAGAUGAAGAGGACAUGACGUCCUUUGCUGGUGGAGCUCACAACACCUUGGAAGUUGGGGCGGCUCCUUCAUCGCAGGGAUCCUCUUCUUCGACAACUUCUGGCGUCUCCAAUGGUUCUUCACCCAAUGAUCUGGCAAUGGCCGAGAUCUACGCCCAGGAGUACAAGGCCAGAAACAGGGUGAGGGAGAGCAAAAAGAUGCGGCAAUACUUCCAGAAGGAAGGCAAUGGCAUGAACAGUGGAAACUCCCGUGACCGGGAACAAGUUCGGAGAUGGGUGAAGGAACAACAGAAGACAGAACCAUGUUUUAUCUGUCGACAGCUGGGUCACUGGUCGCAGGAGUGCCCGUACCGGAACAAAGCACCGGUACAUGCCUCAAAUGUGACUUUUCCGGUGACUGAUGCUCAGUCCGAAGGGGAUUGGGCGUACUUGAUCGGAUGUGCUGAGUCCGAUGCCAGGUACAAAGAGCCCAUGGACGAAUCUCCGAAUUCGAAAUGGGAGAAUGUCGGGAUGGUAGAUUCAGCCAGUUCUCUCGAACUGGAGGAAGUGAAUCCCAGAGACCAGCCGAGACAGUCUUCUUCGAAGAAACCAGUCCGGCAGUCGACCAAGUUGAGGAGACCGGCAACCUCUCCUGGAACCAGAGCGCAGUCAGCGCUGGAUCGGGUGCGCAACCAAGAACAGAUGGCUCAGAUGCAACAGAUGCAGGCCCAGAUGCAAGAGAUGUUCAUGCAGAUGCAGAAUGUGGCCAUGGUGGCGCAAGAAGCCGCGGGCUCAGAGGACAAGAAGGUCAAGCCUCGGGCCAAGUCAGCAUCCGGGCAGAACAAGACCAAGGGCAAGCCGAAACUGGGGGCUCUCACCAAUCCCCAGGCAGACUUCCCGACUCUGUCCAACGUGUUCUCAGACGAUGUGACUUACAACAUAGCCAAGUCGCUGCUGUCGCAGACGGUGACGUUCAAAUGGAAGAUGAUGUUGCUGCUGUGUCGCAUCAAGGCCGCCGUGGAGCACGAGGGCAAGAAACGAUGGAAGCGCAAUCCGCGCUGGAUCAUGCACAUGCAUGGUGGAGAUCGACGAGGAGCACCCAGCACCACAGGGAGCACAGCGGCGGAGCCCAAGUGCAAGGCGGAGAUAAAGGCUGAACUCCUGGACCCGAAUGCCCCCACAGUUCAAGAACAAGCACGUCGUGCUGAAGAUCGAGCUGAUGUCGUAUGUGGCGGUGAUCCUGCUCUUCACCAAUGUCAUGCUCCGGAAGGAGAAGGUCCUAAAGAUGCUCUUCAUGGCGGCGCAGAUGUCAAAAAGAUCACAUUGAAUCGCCGGCAGAGGCGAAACAUUCAGAUUGGAGUGCACAAGGCUUUGAGAACACACAAAAGGAUGCAUGACCUCGUGCAGAUGAAGUACAAGCGCUGGACUCUUCUGGAGGUGUUUGCUGGACAAGCUACUUUGUCAUUUACAGCAGAUCAAUCCCAGAAAUGGACAGCCUUACCACCACAAGAUAUUAUCUAUGGCCUGGACCUGAAACUGGCGGAGCACCAACAAAUCUUGAAGGAUGUCAUCCAAGUGCAGCAGCCGGAGGUGAUUACCUUGGCUCCACCAUGUGGUCCUUGGAGCUCAUGGCAACGGAUGAGAAAGAGAAAAGAUUUGUUGAGCGCUCUUCGUCGAGAACACCGACCAUUUUGGGAGUUCGUCUGCUGGGUAUGGGCACAUCAAACAUUGCAUCACGGCAUCGUGGUGUUGGAGCAGCCAGCUCAGAGUGAUGCCUUGAGAAUGCCAAUGAUGAGCAGGAGAGAGCAGGUGUAUCAACAAGAGGUACACAUGUGCCAAAUGGGGUUAGUGGACGCUGUCAGUGGUCGCCCACACAAAAAACCAACUGUUGUGCAAAUGAACCACCCUGCUACCAACUCGGCAGCAUUCCCGGAAAGAAAGUGUGACUGUGAGCCUGGAGAACAUCAACCAAUAGAAGGGUCAGUACGGAUCGAAGAUCCGAGCGGCAGUGGCAAUAUGCUCACGGUCAAGAGAUCAACCUUGGCUGCGCAGUGGACACAGGAAUUUUGUGACUGGCUUCUGGAUGGGCUGGAGGCAACGUUGGAAGAGGGUGCUCAGGAGAUCCGUCUUCCGCUACAUGCUCAAGUUCCGCCAAACAGACUGUGGCAGACUGUCCCGGUUGAAGUUGAACAGACACCGGAAGGCCAACUGAGGCAGCAUAUGAACAUGGUGGAAAAUGGAACGAGAUAUGACUACAUCAACUUCACUGGAGGGGCAGCUCUGCUGCAUCGAACCAUUAGGUCAACCUUGGCACACUUGCAUGUGGCGUUGGGCCAUGUCACAAAUGAAAAGCUUCAGAGAAUGCUGCAUCUGAAUGGAGCUCAGCCUGAGGUCAUUGAGGCGGUGAAACAUCUGAAAUGUCAGAUAUGUUCCCAGGUCACCGCCCCAAUGGCGACCCCGAAGGCAGCCUUUCAGAGACCGAUGGCAUUCAAUGAAAGGAUUUUGUCAGACACAUUCUAUGUUUGGGAUGCCAAGAAUGAGAAAUUUGCGGUGACGCAUGUGUUGGAUGCAUUUUCUCUUUACCAAAUUGCCAUGGCCAUGAAAGAUCCAUCAGCUGACAACACCACACAACUCCUUCGAGACAGAUGGAUAGGAGUGUUCGGUCCACCAAACAUCCUGAUGACUGAUCAGGGAACAGAGUUCCGAGGCAUCUUAGAACCUCUGCUGAAGACUUUUGCGGUUUUUCACGAGAUGGUCCCACCAACGGCACAUUGGAGGAUGUCUUUAGCUGAAAGACAUGGAGCAGUGCUGAAGGUUCUGCUGAUGAAAGUCAUCAAGGAGACUGUGGUGACAGGGUUGGAGGACCUUCAGUCUGCGGUGGCUUCCGUCACUGCUUCGAGAAAUCAACAAGUACGUGUGGCAGGAUACUCUCCUAUCCAGCUAGUGUUCGGAAGAGAUUCGACUAUGCCAGGGAAUUUGAUGGAUGCUUUGGCAGGUCAAAUGAAGUUUCAGCUCUCCAGACCUGCUUCGGUUGAUGAGUCUUUCAUGAGAUCAGCGCAGUUGAGAAAGGCAGCCGCUGAUGCUUUUCAGUGGAUGGAGGCCAAUGAGGCCUUGAAGAGAGCGGCUGGCUCUCGGUCAAGGCUGCCCAAACUGGAAUUGCUGGCAGAAGGAGCACAAGUGAUGUUUUGGGAACCCCCGGCAAAUCGUCGUGGUCUUGCUCGGAGACUUCAGGACAACAUCUCAUGGAUAGGGCCAGGAUUGGUGGUGGCCCUGGAAAGGAAAGAUGGCGCGAUCAAGCGCGUCUGGGUGAGAUAUCAGAACAAGCUGAAGGGCAUGCCUUUAGAGUUCAUCCGCUUGGCAGUGGUGGAAGAACAAGAGGCCUCGACGAUUGCCAAAGAGGCCUUAGAAGACAUGGAGAAGCAGAUUGCGGGGGGCCGAGUCAACGCUGAAAUCGACAAAUCUUCUUCAUCAUCUUCCUCAACCUCGUCUGAUGAAGAACAAGAUCAGCGGAGACAGCAGAAAAAGUCCUCUGCUCAGGCCUCAACCUCGAGAUCAAAGACAAUGAAGGCUCAAGCAUCGGGCACGGGAGAUCCUCAGUUUCCUCCUGCUGAGUUUUCUGAUGAGGAGCAAGAGGGAAUAGCCCCUGUGUCUGAACAGCAGGUGCGUAGUGCAUCAUCAGUGCUGGAUGAUGUACCGAUCUCGAUUCACAGAAAGCAGGUUCCAUCUCAACAAGAACAAUCCAGUCGCCCUCAGAAGAAAGUACGUCUUUCUGGACUUCGAGGAGAUCCUGCUUUGAAGUCAUUUUCUGAGAGACGCGCAGUUUUUGAUGGGGCCAUGGACAAGACGCAGAAACAUCUGCAGAGAAUGCGAGAAAAGUUGCAACCCAGAUCAGUGCAGGUGGCGAUGCCUACUCAAUCAGGCCCUGCACCAGACCAGGUAAAAAUCAGUACAUGGGAGGAUGAGCCACCGUUUGUAGAUGUGCACCGGUUCUACAACCCUGAGUAUUCAGACUCGGACGAAAAUAUGGCAGAAGCCUUGGCGGUGUCGAUUGACACCAAUGUGCUGGCAACAUUGCCAGUAAGAGAUCAUGAAGAUCUACAGAUACCGCCGUUUGACAUGCCUUCAGACUUCGAGAAUGAUGAAGAAGUGGAAAGGUCGGUGCUGCAUCGGGAUCCCAGGCUGUUGAAUCCAAUGCCUGGUUUCCUGGCAACACACUCAAUGCCGGCAACUCCACAAACCAGGAUGCGGCUUCCCCCUACUAUGGCUCCCAUGCUGCGGGAGGUGCCUUCUCGGAUGCGGCGACCCCUCAAGAGAGAGGAGUUUGAGCCCAUCAUCCGAAGUCAGAGAACCGAGCCUCCGCCUUCAAAGGACUACUGGAUUCUGAGUGUAGAAGAGGGCGAGCUCUGUCGAGUUCAUGUCGAACCACGCCUCCACAUGUUUGACAUCUUGGCCUUUUGGGCUGACAAAGAGGAGGAUGCUCAUCGAGAUUUCCCCAAGUUGAUCAGCAAAGAUUGGCUUACUGGUGUCAGGGCUACGCAGGUGUACUACUUGCACAAUCCACUGAGGUGGGGUCCAGCUCGCACGAUGGUAGCGGCAACAAACAACAUGUUGGAUCCCUUUUACCAGAGGCCACCAGCGUUGAUGAUGAAUGAUUUCAUCUUGGACAACGUGACGUGGGUGGGCCAAGGUUUGAGGCCGCAAUGGAACACUCAGCAGCACCUAGGUGGUGUGUGGCAAGGGUUGACGAGAUUCCAGAUCAAGGACCCGACAGAGUACAAGAUUCCAUUUGACACUUGGAUGAAAGGGAGGCAUCACGCUGAACAGAUGUGGAGAGAUGGACAGAAAGCAGUGCAUGCCUUUGUGGCAAUUCGAGAGACGGCUGGCUGGCCAAAUUCAGAGAUGAUGGCUCAGCAGGUUGGGCCUCUUGACAUGCCAGAGGUACAGGAGGAAAUCCAACGUCUCUCAGGUGCCGCAUCAGAUAUCAACGUUGUUCAAAAGGAGCUCCAAGAAGUGUUUUUCAACUUUGUGCACUUCUCAGAUCUCCCUUGCCCCAACCAGAGGACUCAGUACGCAGGUAUCAGGGAGUUGGUGGACGAUCCGGAAGAUCUUCCAGAUGCUCAACAACCUGAAACAGGCAAGGUUAGAUUGGAGCUGAAAUGGUCUGACCUAUCUCCAGCAUGGCAAAGCGCCUUUGAGCAGCCGAUUUUGGAUGCCUUGGAAGUCUACUUCAAACAUGACGCGCUGACGCAUGUCAUGGAGGAUGAGGUAGUAGAUCGAACAGAGAUUCUUCCUUCCAGGUUUGUCUUGGUGAACAAAAGUGAUCCCAGGAACAUCCAUCCGGAUGACAAGGCCUUGGAAGGGGCCUCCCUCAAGGCAAGAUUGGUCAUUGCAGGCCACCGUGAUCUACGAGCAGGAGAAUACGAAACAGAAAGCCCGACUGCCAGCUUACUAGCUCACAAUCUCCUUUGUUUUUGUGCAGCCCAGUGGAACUGGAAGGUUUUCUUUUCGGAUAUCUCUGCUGCCUUCUUGCAAGGAGACUACUUGCCGGCAGAGAGGAGGGUUUUUGUUCAGACUCCCAAGAAUUACCCAUUGUUUGUCAGGCAGUUUUUGCAGACCAAAAUACCUGCUGGAGCGCGGACAGACCUUUUUCGAAUGAAAAAGGCAGGAUUUGGAUUGGCAGAAUCACCACGUCUCUGGUAUCAUCGAUUCAAGAGAGGCGCCGAGUCCAUUGGGGGCCGGGAGAUGAAACUUUGUCCUGGCGUUUUCUCCUUUUUUGGACCAGAUUCCCAACUCCGAGCUCUUUUGGCAGUUCAUGUGGAUGAUGUGCGUUUGAUUGCACAUCCUGAUCAUCAGCAGACAAUGCAUGACAAGCUCAAUGCCUUGUUCAGCUUUGGAGAAUGGAAACAUCCUGAUGAUUGGACAAAAUUCUGUGGACGCUAUGAGAAACAGUUGGAGGACGGCACCAUUUUGAUGCAGAUGGACUCCUAUGCUGAGCGGCUGUUGGACCCGCCUUUGAGAUCAUCGACGCAACAAAGGUAUCCUUUGCAACCCAAUGAGAAGAAAUGGAUUGGGACAAUCACAGGGCAAUUGAACUGGAUGGCACGUCAGUGCCGAGCAGACCUAUCUUUUGGGGUCUCCCGGAUUCAACAACUGGCAGGAGUGAAUGAUCCCUCGGCGCUCACGGAGCUGAAGAUUCUGGUGGAUCGAGCCCGCCAGCCUGUGACGAUCAAGUUCGAGCAUUUGGGAUGUGACAUGUCGGAGAUGAUUGUUGUAGCCGUCUCCGACGCCUCAUUUGCUGGAAUGCCCAGAGGACGUUCUCAAGGUGGUUUGGCAGUGGCCUUUGCAAAUCCGAAGAUUUUGGAGGGGCAAUCCAAACUGUGCAUCGUGACUCACCACUCAGGCCUUCUGAAAAGAGUAGUCAGGUCCAGCUUAGCAGCCGAGAUUUCACAGGCUGCCAACGUUUUGGAGGAGGCUGACUUCACUCGGGCGCUGUUAGCAGAAGUGUUGAAGCCCGACUUUUCAUUGGCAAGCUGGCUGGCUGUAGACAAGCGGCUGGCAAUUGAUAUUGCCGCCUUGAAGCAGUCCUUAUCCGAGGAUGCUGGUGGAAGACUCAUCCGAUGGGUCCCGGGAGAAGAGCUGAUUGCAGAUGACCUGACAAAGCUGUGUGGAAAUCAGAAGUUGAUGAACGCCUUGAUGACGGCGACAUGGGCGCUUCGAGAUACCGAAGUGGCUCGUAAACUUCGAGCGGACGCAGCUGCCAGGAAGAGAACCUACCGACAGAGAGUGUCGGCAAACCGGGCCUUCAUGGAGCAGAUGAGAAUCCAUCACUGA